AUCCCGGCGAACAAGCGCAGCAGCCUGAUCUAUCCUCUGUACAGGCGAGACCAUGCUAUUUCCUAGUGUUGUGCCUGGAUUUGCACAACAUUAUUCAGCAAGGCAGCCGUGAAACGCAACGCGAGACGUAUGACCGGAAGUAACUAAUGAACGUCACACUAAACGCCGGAAGUGCAGACGCAAGCGUGGCUCUCCUGUUGACUGUGGAUUAGCUGUGAAAUCCCGAAGUGAAAAUGGCUGCAGCUUUUAGGAAAGCGUUGAAGUCCCGGCAAAAGGACCAUAAGGAGAGGUCACAGCCGGGCUUCCGUAAAAACCUAGGGGUUCUGGAGAAGAAGAAGGACUACAAGCUCAGAGCAGAGGACUAUAAGAAGAAAAGAACAACCCUCAAUGCCUUGCGGAAGAAAGCCCUUGAAAAGAAUCCCGAUGAAUUCUACUUUAAAAUGACCUCAACAAAACUCCAGGAUGGGGUCCACGUGAUAAAGCAGAAGCCAGAAGAAGUCACUGAUGAGCAGAUGAAAAUAAUGAGGACGCAGGACAUCAAGUAUGUGGAGAUGAAGAGAGUAGCAGAGGCUAAGAAAAUUGAACGCCUCAAGUCUGAGCUCCAUCUGCUGGAUGCUAAAGGAAAGCCUAAGAAUAAACAUACUUUCUUCUGUGACACCAAGAAAGAAGUGCUCAACUUUGACCUGGCAGAACGAUUGAACACCGCUCCGGAGUUGGUUAACAGAGUGUAUAACAGACCUACCUUAGAAACCUUACACAAGCAGAGAAUAACGGGUCCCACUAAUAUGAAUGUGUUAAAAAAACUGGCUAAACAAAGGCAACGGCAGUAUGAAAUGUUAAAUCAAAGAAUCGAAAGAGAAAAGAAAAUGUUUGUCAUCUCUCAGAAAAUACAGGCGCGUAAAGAUAUUAUGGAAAAAAGAGAAAAAGUUAAAGUGAAGAAAGAAACUGUGAAUUCCGCACCUAUUUAUAAAUUCAAAAGUCAGCGAACGAGAUAGCUGCUGCAGUGACUAGAUAGCCGCUGAACGUGAAUUGUUUUUAUUUUUUUUGGGUUAAAUUUCAGACAAAAAUUAAAGCUGUGGUUCAGCCACUGUAUACUUUAA